CCAAACGUGACUUCCUUCAAGCCUCACAAUAACCCUGGGAGUUCCUGGCCUGGAGCAGACACUUCCUAAGUUCUUGCUCCUUUGAGUGGGGUUGGUUGACCUCCAAGGCAUUUCCUCUGGACUCUGGGGGGAGGAGGCUGAACUCUCCUGGGACACUUGGAGUCACUUGGGUGAGCGGAAGGCUGGUGAGCCCUUCAGCACGUCUAGGGAAGCUGAGGAAGCAAUCAGAGCAGACGGAAGUGAGGUGGCUUCCUUCCUUUCUCACGCCAACCAGAAUGAGUCACAGGAUGAUGGAUGGAGAGCUGGACAGAGCACAGAGGCCAUGCAGUUCAACCCCUUAAUUUCACCAAGACGGAAAUGGAGGCCCAGAGACAUUAAAUGAAUCGUCCAAGGAAGGUUCCCAUUCUCCAGACCAGUAUCCUCCUUGGACAUCGACACGUUCCCUUGAACCUCUGGGGCACCCAAUCCCACAGGUAGAAGGAGUAUCUUGCCCUUGGAGGAGAUAGUAAGUGCCCUGCAGCUUCCAGAGGCUGGCGGGGAGCCAGCCGCGCUCCUUUCUUCUCAUAUCUGCUCCGCUUCCCACCCGGCCGGGGUGGGAGCAUUAAUAUUUCAGCAACGCCUGGCUGCUGGCAUUGGCUCCACCGCAGUGUACUUUGUCAAUAAGACAGCCAAGCAGGGAGGGAGCUAACCGGCCACCCGCAGGGGAACCAACCGCAGCCCCGGCGGCGGCGAGCGCAUUCACUCAAGCUGCAUUGAGCAGAGGGCUCCAGUGUCCGAGGCUCUGUCCGACUGUUCCGUAGCCCACCCCGGGAGCUCACUGCACCCUCGGCCACCAUGGAUGUCUUUAAGAAAGGUUUCUCCAUUGCUAAGGAGGGCGUGGUGGGGGCUGUGGAGAAGACCAAGCAGGGAGUCACUGAGGCUGCUGAGAAGACCAAGGAGGGGGUGAUGUAUGUGGGAACUAAAACUAAAGAGGGUGUGGUGCAGAGUGUGACCUCAGUUGCGGAAAAGACCAAAGAACAGGCCAACAUGGUGAGCGAUGCUAUGGUAGCCAGUGUGAACACCGUGGCCAACAAGACAGUGGAGGAGGCUGAAAACAUUGUGGUGACCACUGGCAUCGUUCGGAAGGAGGAUUUGGUACACCCAGCUCCACCUGAGCAUGGGGCCCCCGAAGACCAGCCAGCAGAAGCAGAGAAGGUUGAGGGCAGUGGAGACUAGUCGGGGAACCAUCGUGGAGCCAGGCCAAGGAUCGUGGAGCCAGUAGCUGACUCUAACCUUCUCCCCUGUCACCAAAGCAAUCGCCUUCUUGGACCCAGCUCCCUCCCUUCUCCCCUGCUCCUGAAUGGAUGAACCCAUCAUGCUACACGUGAACCAGGGAAAGAUUGGGGGAUGGGCGAGGUGGGUAGGGCCCAUGCGGGGAAAGUUCUCCAAAUUCUGGAGCGUAUGUGUUGAGUAGCCAUGUGCAGGGUAUCUGUAGCUUAAGCCUCCCCCACCCUAGUCCAUCUAUCCAUCCAUCUGAGCAUCCUUGUUGCUGCUCCCUCCCUCCUUGCUUCCCUCUGUUCAGUUGGACUCCAUAGAUGUUGGGUGUGCUUUAUGUAUUUAUUUAUUUACAAGUGAUACCAGAAUAAAACUGUGUUUGAACCAUG